AUGGAGGACGGAAUCAGUUGCGAUGACCCACAAUUCCUAGACAUGUUCGAGACCUGUCUCCGCGUGAAACUCGAAAAUGCCAGGAAGGAAUUAUCGUGUGUCGAGAGCGAAAAAAAAGAUUUUAAAGCGAGGGUGAAGGAGCAAUUGAACGCGAGGAAGGAGCUGAAGAAGGCGAUGCAGAAUACACAGGAGAACAUCGUGGUUCUAACCGACGCUUUGAACAAGCAAAACAAGUACGUUGGAGAAUUAUCGAACGCUAUCGAGCUAACGAAGGCCAACUUGGACGGCGACUACAAGGACAUGACCUUGGAAUUUCAACAACACCAGGAUAUUCUCAAGGACUACGAGAAAACGUGGCAGGAGUACCACGCCAAGUACGAAGAGUUUCCAUUGGCGAAAGCCAGGAUGGAAAUGAAGGUGAAAGUGGAGAAGCUCCGAGUGCAAAAAAUGGUCACGGAGUACAAAAUCAACGAGACGAAGAAAAGAGUCGGGCAACGCGAACGGAUCGCGUGGAUGAGAACGCGCGGGAAGAUCGUCGAUUUCGCACGCGAAAUGGUCAACGACAAGGAACUCGACGAGAGGUUGGAAAGCUUGAAUAAGAGGAUCGAGAAUCGCAAGGAGGAGCUGAACGCUCUGAAUAACGAGGUGGCCGCGCGCAAAAAGAUGCAAGAAGAGGAGAAGAAGGUUCGCGCUAGGAAACUGCUGGAGAUGCCGCCGCCAAAGGUCCAUUGCUCCAAAAUGCGAACCAUGUACGAGAGCGCGAUUAAGACCAAUUUCACGGAAGGGCUGAAAUCGAAUUUCGAAAAUUCUUUUGAUUCCAUGUCGGUGGACACGAUGAUGCUCGAGCAGAUGUGCCUGGGCGACGACAACUCGAACCAGUUCAAGAACAAGAGUACUCCAGAGGACUCGACAGAGCCCAGAAGUCCCGUUGUCAGCCUGGGCCAGGGCGACAUGGAGCGCGAGGACGCUGCCAGCGAGACGGACGAGAACAUGGACGGGGAGGGGGUUGAUACGGCGGUUGACGAGGGCCAGGAUCAUCCUUUGAACGACGAGGAUCGACAGGAGAACCCGAAGGAACCUGCCUCGGCGUCGGUCAGAGAUAAGCGCGCGGUAGCGGAGAGCCACACGGAAAAAGAGGACGUUUCCACGCCGAAAAAGAUGAGACUGAUCUCUGACGAGGAUAAGACUUUCGCGUUGCCGGCGUGCACGCUCAAAGGCGCGCAACAGAAAAUGACGAAGAGUCGCGACGCGUCCGUUGGUCCGCGGAUCGCCAAGAUCCAGACGGUGCGUUACAAGAUUGGAUCGGUGGCGAAGGCGGCUCAAGGGAAUCCAAAUUCUCCCAGUGCGUUCAAAUACGGCCGCAGCGCUAGCUUCCGCGGGGAUAACAACCUUAUCGAUACAAAAGACGAUCACUUGGCUGAGUCAGGCGCCGAUCAAGCGACAUCCGUGGCGGGAGUAAGUCGUUACAACGUGACUCCGAAGACGAAGACAGCUCAGGAUAAUCGUAGUUUCUCUGGUACAUCGAAUUAUGGUUACUCCGACAAGGGCAGCUUUUGGGGGGAUAAGAACCUAGCCGAUCCGAAAGGUUUGGCUGAUCUAUCACCGACUUCGACCAUCACGAAGCUCGGGAUGGACCGUUACAUGUCGCCAAUGACGAAGAUGGACAAACCUAAUGUUUCGCGUGGCCACUGGGUUCCAUCUCCCUGUCUCAGCAUCGCGAAGACCGAGGCGGGUGACUACAACGCAUCGCCGUCAGCGAGGAAGUCGAGCGACGUCCCUAAUAUAUCCGGUUUGUUCAUCCCGAGACCGUACGACUACUCCGAUAACAGCAAUCUCAGCUUUCAGUCCAACAACAUGGCGAAUAUGAAAGCCGAUCAAAUGUCGUACGACGGAUCCAUGCGCGACUUGUACGAGUGUUCCAUCUCCGCGUCGAUGAAGAACCCGGAGAUGAAUCCACGCGCGAGCAGUACGGCGAACUUGCCGACAGCCAGGGCCGGCGAAAAUUUCCCGCUUACGGGAUUCAACUUCAGCGGGAUCGCGAAGGCCAACGAGGGACGCAAGAAUCUUUUCUGAAGACCGUCUACUUUUUUUAUCUUCCAUUCACUUACUUGAUAUAAUAUCUUUGUU